UGAGGCUGAGAUCGAAAGCUCUCAAACAGUAAAAACGCCAUAUAGAGAUAGAGAACUGGCGCUUGGAAAAAAGCUUUAAGAGAGAGAAAAGUAUUGGAUACAGAGAGAGAGAGAGAACACGUAGACGAAUAUGGUCCGUGUAUGCAAUGAAGGAUACAGGGACGAAAACGAGCCUUCUCUCUCCAUUUAGCCUCCUUCUCUUCCAUUCUCAUCCUCUAUUCACUCUCUUCUCUUCUUCUUCUUCUUCUUCUUCUUAAUCGAUUCACUCUCUCUCUCUCUCUCUCUCUCUCUCUCUCACACACACAAUGAUAAGCGAGUCUUCAUCAUCGGGAUUGAACUUGGAAGGACUCGAAGAUGUCGAAGAGUUCGCCGGGACUAGCGAAGGAGACUCCUCAAUGUCGUUGCAACGAUUUUGUCAUGUUUCUGAUCUCAUGCAGAUGGGGAACCAAGCAUUCCGAGAGAAUCGCUUCGAAGAGGCAAUCAAUUGUUACUCAAGAGCUAAUAAUAUUAAACCACGUGAUCCUGUCAUUCUCAGCAACCGAUGUGCAGCUUAUCUCAGGAUUUGUCAAUUUCUGAAACACAGAUCUCCAUUAGCUUCUGAACAUAACCCAUUGAGUGGACUGGAUCCUACAACACAUGCUGAACUUGCUUUAAAGGAUGCUGAGAAGGUGAUGAACUUUCAAAGUGAUUCAAUAAAGUCACACAUUUUGAAGGCCAAUGCACUCAUUUUGUUAGAAAGAUAUGAGCUGGCCCGGGAUGUCAUUCUUUCAGGUCUUCAGGUUGAUCCUAUGAGCAACCCUCUUAAGGUUUUGGAGAGAACAACUGCCAGCACAAUUGGGAGGAGAGGCCAAAAGAAAGCUGAGCGCACUGAUGACUUUGAUUGCACUCUUUGCCUGAAGUUACUAUAUGAACCUGUUACAACUCCUUGUGGACAUUCCUUUUGCCGCUCAUGCCUGUUUCAAGCAAUGGAUAGAGGUAACAGAUGUCCACUGUGCCGAACAGUUCUGUUUAUUAGUCCCAGAACAUGUGCAAUCAGUGUCACGCUAAACAACAUAAUAGAAAAGAACUUUCCCGAGGAAUAUGCUGAAAGGAAGUUGGAGUAUGAUAGUUUGACAAACUCUGGUGCUGAUUUGAUGCCUCUUUUUGUCAUGGAUGUUGUCCUACCAUGCCAGAAGUUUCACCUCAAUAUAUUUGAACCACGCUAUAGACUUAUGGUUAGGAGAAUAAUGGAAGGGAAUCACCGUAUGGGAAUGGUUAUCACUGAUCCUACAACAGGAUCCGUAGCUGAUGUUGCUUGUGAAGUGGAGAUUACUGAGUGUGAGCCACUUCCAGAUGGACGUUUCUUUCUAGAGCUUGAAAGCCGCAGGAGAUUCCGCAUCCUACGUACUUGGAAUCAAGAUGGGUAUCGAGUGGCUGAAAUUGAAUGGAUACAUGAUAUAUACCCAUCAGAAGGAACAAGAGAGAAAACAGAUUUACAGGAAUUGACAAAUAAUGCAUCUGGAUUUGCUCUAUCAUGGAUGAGGAGGGCACGACAGGUAGCAGAACAACGACGAGAUAGAAUUAGACUUCUGGAACUUGAUAAAGCGGAAUCAAUGAUGCCCACAACACGUGAUCCUGAGCGCUACAGUUUUUGGCUUGCUACUCUAACAAACCGGAGGCCAUCAGAAAGAUUACAACUCCUUCGCAUGAGAGAUACAAAUGAGAGGAUAGGCAGUUUUGCUAAUGUCACCUCUACCUUUGUCGUCAUCGCCGCCAACACCACAAUCGAUGUCUCUGCCACUAUCACCACCACCAAUUUAUCACCAACGUUGCCACCGCACCCACCACCACCAUUAACCACCAACUACAUUAUUUUCAAACAACACAAAAUGGGAGCCAAGGAGGAGAAACAUGGGGUGUCAAACCCUCUCCCUGCACUCUGCUCCCUUCGCCCUCUUUUCCUCUGUUUCGUCGUCUUCUCCUCCAUAAACCCCUGCAUUGCUCAAGGGGAUGUCUCUUCCUUCUCUCCUCCAAUGUCAAAAUACACACCACCUGAUAACUACCUCAUCAACUGUGGUUCACCUGAAAACACCCUCCUUGACGAUGGUCGAACCUUCAUGUCCGAUCCCCAAUCCUCUUCUUUCCUCUUCACCGACGAAAACAUACUAACUUCUGUCAAUUCCCUUCCCAACACCAUCUCUCCUUUAUAUCUUACAGCAAGAAUUUUUGAUGAUGAAUCAAUGUACAGAUUCCUCAUCUUCAAACCAGGCCGCCAUUGGCUCCGCCUUUACUUCUAUCCACUUCCACACCCGACGUACAAUCUCACAACCGCUAUCUUCACUGUCACCACCGACACCACUGUGCUCUUACACAGGUUUUCAGUGAAAAACAACACUACAGUGGUAUUCAAAGAAUACCUCAUUAACAUCACCUCUUCGGGAUUCUCCAUCAAGUUCUCCCCAAUGAAGAACUCAUUCGCGUUCAUCAACGCUAUCGAGCUUGUCUCUGCUCCUGACAACCUUAUUUCAGAUUCCGCGACUGCAAUUUCCCCAGUUGGUGAUUUCAAUGGCUUGUCAAACUACGCGCUUGAAGUGUCUCAUCGGUUGAAUGUGGGAGGACCGGUUAUAACUCCUGGAAACGAUACGUUGGGGAGGACAUGGCUAAAUGAUGGCCAGUUCAUGACAUUUCCACAAGGGGCUAAAGUUGUGUCUGUCAUUCCUGACGUUGUCAAAUACCCAGAAGGUGGGGCAACGCCUUUGAUUGCCCCAAAUUGGGUAUAUGCCACGGCUGAUGAUAUGGUGGACUCCGGUGUGGCCAACACCAAUUUCAACCUCACUUGGGUCAUAGCUGUUGAUCCAACUUUUUCUUACUUGAUUAGAAUGCAUUUUUGUGACAUUGUGAGUUUAGGCCUUAAUGAACUCUAUUUCAAUGUCUAUGUCAAUGGUAUGUUGGGUGUGUCAAAUCUCGACCUCUCAACCCUCACCUCCGGCCUCGCGGUCCCUUACUACAAAGAUUUCGUGAUCAAUGCCUCCACAAUCGCCAACAGGUCCAUCAUGGUUCAAGUUGGCCCUGCUUCCACCGCUCUAUCAAGCCUCCCAAAUGCUAUUCUCAACGGCCUUGAGGUCAUGAAAAUGAGCAACUCGGCUGGAAGCCUAGACGGUUUGUUUGCGUCCAAUGGUGUGUUCAAAGGUCCCAAGUCAAGACCGACUUCAAUUCAAAUCGCUGCAGCGAUUGGAUUGGCAAUGAGUGUAACAGCAAUGUUGUUGCUUGUACUUGGCAUGGCUCGGUGGCGAAGAAGGAGGCCUCGGGAUUGGAAUCAAAAGCGGGGCAGUUUUUCAUCGUGGCUCCUUACUCUCAAUGCCAGCCAAUGUAGCUUCUUGUCUUGCAAGAGCAAGAGUAGCUACUCUAGUAUCAUGUCUUCUGGAAUUGGAUUAGGCCGGUUCUUCACUUUCAGUGAAUUGCGAGAAGCGACAAGAAAUUUUGAUGAAAAUGCAGUGAUUGGUGUUGGAGGGUUUGGGAAAGUGUACAUUGGGGAAUUAGACGAUGGGACAACGCUUGCGAUAAAGCGUGGGAACCCGAGUUCAGCACAAGGAAUUAACGAGUUCCAAACAGAGAUUCAAAUGCUUUCCAAGCUCCGUCAUCGCCACCUCGUUUCGCUCAUUGGGUACUGCGAUGAACAGUCAGAAAUGAUCCUCGUAUACGAGUACAUGUCUAAUGGCCCACUUCGCGACCACCUCUAUGGCUCCAAGUCAGAUCUACCUUCCUUACCAUGGAGACAACGCCUUGAAAUUUGCAUUGGUGCAGCUCGUGGGUUGCACUACCUCCACACCGGUGCAGCCCAAGGCAUAAUCCACCGCGAUGUCAAAACAACAAACAUACUCCUAGACGAGAAUUUUGUUGCCAAAGUCUCUGAUUUCGGGUUAUCUAAAGCUGGACCAUCAUUAGAACAAACCCAUGUGAGCACCGCGGUGAAGGGUAGUUUUGGCUAUCUAGACCCAGAGUACUUUCGAAGGCAACAGUUGACAGAGAAAUCCGAUGUGUACUCAUUUGGAGUAGUCCUUUUCGAGGUUUUGUGUGCAAGGCCGGCCUUAGACCCUUCAUUGCCAAGGGAACAAGUGAAUUUAGCUGAGUGGGCAUUACAACAACACAGAAAGGGCUUGGUUGAGAAGAUUGUCGAUCCUCGUCUUGUUGGAAGCGUCAGCUCAGAAUCGCUAACCAAGUACGUGGAAGCCGCAGAGAAGUGCUUGGCAGAGUAUGGUGUUGAUAGGCCUUCAAUGGGAGAUGUGUUGUGGAACUUGGAGUUUGCUUUGCAGCUUCAAGAGGCAUCAUCAAAGCUUGAUCCUAUUGAAGAUGAUGAUAAUGAAGAACUCAUUGCUUUGAAUCAAAUAUCAAGCAAAAAAAACAAUAAAGGAGAGUUGGCUAUUGAUGUGAGUGACGAUUCAGGAGUAGUAAUUGGUUCUCCUUUGUUUUUGCAAGAUUUCCAUGGAAGGUAAAAAGGGCAUUUACAAGAAGAAUUCAAUUGCCGAAGGGUGUGUUUGGAUGGAGUUGUUAGUAGAUUGUAUUUAUGAAGAACUAAUCUUCUUCAUUUUGUUUGUUGUUUUAAAAAAAAUUCUUGAAUUUUUUUUUGGUUAAAUCAAAGUUUGUUGUUUAAUGAUUAACCUUGAAAGUACUUAGUAUGUUUUUUCUUUUA